GUCCCUGUCACUGCACUGCUCUGCUCCCUCCUCCAGCUCGCCUCUCGCUCUCCUUCUCCCUCUCUCCCUCUCCCUCACUCCCUAGCUCUCUUUCUCCUCAGAUCGAGGCUGCUCCCAUUGCCUCUCUCCCUCUCUCCCUCUCAUUUCCAACCCAGCCAGCCGGUGGGACCUCCAGGGUCGAAGGUUCUGCCCUGCCUCCACCAACCUCCACCUCCCCAGCGCCUCUCUCCUUCUCUCCCUGUCUUCUUCUCUCCCUCUCUCUAACCAGCUCUUUCCAACUCCCCUAUGGAUCGGCUCCUUUCAGAGCACUGAAGGCAUCUCCAAGACCCACAUCCCAGCCGGAGAAAGAAACUCAGGGCCUUGAUGAGUAAGUCGCUCCUCGGGUCCGGUCUUUGGCUGCAACACACAAUGCCUGCUCCCAUCCUUUGCUCCGGAAAAUUGUGAAUUGCUCAUGACUAUAAGGAGGAAGGAUGGCACAUGGGAUCCCUUCUCAGGGCAAAGUUACCAUCACCGUGGAUGAGUACAGCUCCAACCCAACCCAGGCUUUCACUCACUACAAUAUCAACCAGAGCAGGUUCCAGCCUCCACAUGUACAUAUGGUCGACCCUAUCCCAUACGACACUCCAAAACCAGCGGGCCACACACGGUUUGUCUGCGUCUCAGACACACACUCCAGAACAGAUGGUAUCCAGAUGCCUUAUGGGGACAUCCUUCUCCACACAGGCGAUUUCACCGAGCUGGGACUGCCCUCAGAGGUUAAGAAGUUUAAUGACUGGUUAGGAAGCCUGCCAUAUGAAUAUAAAAUAGUGAUUGCUGGGAAUCAUGAACUGACAUUUGACAAGGAAUUCAUGGCUGACCUUGUUAAACAAGACUACUACCGUUUUCCUUCAGUGUCCAAAUUGAAACCAGAGGACUUUGACAAUGUUCAGUCGCUCCUGACAAACAGUAUUUACUUGCAAGAUUCGGAGGUAACAGUGAAAGGGUUCAGAAUAUACGGGGCUCCUUGGACGCCAUGGUUUAAUGGAUGGGGCUUUAACCUACCCAGAGGUCAGUCUUUGCUGGACAAGUGGAACCUCAUCCCAGAGGGAAUUGAUAUACUAAUGACACAUGGCCCUCCUCUUGGUUUUCGAGACUGGGUCCCCAAGGAGCUUCAGCGAGUUGGCUGCGUUGAACUGUUAAAUACAGUGCAGAGACGAGUACGGCCCAAACUCCAUGUCUUUGGUGGAAUUCAUGAAGGUUACGGCAUCAUGACAGAUGGUUACACAACGUACAUCAACGCCUCAACGUGUACAGUCAGCUUUCAGCCAACCAACCCCCCCAUUAUAUUUGACCUUCCAAACCCUCAAGGAUCAUGAAGCACUCUAAAUGCCCCAAUUGGAGCAAAGGAAAGAAGGUUGAUAAACUGCCAUUUUUCUAAUUCUAAACUUACAUUCUCUUACAUGUUUCUUUCCAAAUUCUGUGAGUUUUUUGUAAAAUUGCUGGUACAAAAACGACGCUAGAGGUUGUGCUUUUUUUUCCCUUUCUUUUCUAUUUCUUUCUUUUUUUUAUUUUUUAUUUUUUGAAAUGCGGCAUCCGUUUUAAAUUGAUAAAGCAUUGUGGAUUUGUAAAAGGACUCCUGUUUUCUCAAUGACCAUGCCAUUGUAAAUCAUUAGUGUUCUCCAAAGGACAGCCAAGCUUUCUUUUAAGAAAUGAGAAAUGUUAUUUUAUAUGAUAUAAGCUGGAAGAAAAAAAAAAGA